GACACCAAAGUAUGUUGUAGGAGCAGUAGGAGGACCCAAUGGCAUUUAUGUGUCUGCACAAAUGGGUGCUGCAUUCAGUAAAGGCCAAUUCAGUUACAUGAGUGCUAAACAUGAAGCCAUUGGGAACCCCCCGGUAACAAGUAACUAAAUCAUAUGCUAACCCAAUUCUAUCCUAAUGCUCUUUGGUGUCUUCUUUUCCAGUGUGACAUCUGGUCCCUUGGAAUCACUGCCAUCGAAAUGGCCGAGGGAAAAACACCAUACGCCGAUCAGGAGCUAGUGUCGGACCUGAUCAUCAACAACGACUCUCCGAGGCUCAUAUCAAGGACCUGGUCUCAAACUUUUGUGUCCUUCUUGGAGUCGUGCCUUGAGAAGGAUCCUUCCCGGAGAUGGAGUGCGGAAGAGCUCCUGCAGCACCCGUUCAUUACUGAACUGCCCCCUGCGAAAACCAUCAGGGCUGAAAUCGAGGAACACCUUCGGGCUGUGCAGAACCGGCCGGCCAAACAAGGAUUGAGAGCAGUUCGCUGGGCCAGGAAACAGCUACGGCGGGCCAGGGAACAGCUACGCGGGGCCAGGGAACAUCUACGGCCUCGCUGGGCCAUGGAACAGCUACGGCGGGCCAGGGAACAGCUACGGCAGGCCAGGGAACAGCUACGGCGGGCCAGGGAACAGCUACGGCCUUGCUGUGCCAUGGAACAUCUACGGCGAGCCUGUGACUUCUGCGCAAUUGAAACAUCGCCAGAACAGAAGGAGGCUCAGCAAAUGGCCCUGGAGGGUUUUGCCUGUGUGUGAUCCUGUGGCCAAUAACAUCAAGUGCCCAGGGUGAGUCUCCUGUAUACCAUCCAAGGAGAAAGGAACAUCUGCAGAGAAAGGUACCAUCUCUCCUUCUUCUACUGCUCCUUUACCACUAGGCUCUUUCCUCAGACUACCACACCUCUAGCAUCUGUAGCUCCAUCAACACGAUCCCUUGCAGCUGCCCCAGCUCCUCCACAGUGGCGUCUCCUCUUUAAAUAACUGUAACUCCACCAGCAGUCUCUGCCUUUAACAUCUGCAUUCAGAUCUGUUUUUCUAACUGUAGAUCUGUCAUCAUUAUCUGUCAUCAUAUCUCA